AAAUCUCACUUAAACUCCUCUUGGUUUUGAACCCUGAAAAACAAAACCAAAAUCAAAAUCUGAAAUUUGAAGAACAAAGAAAACCCUUUUUCUGUGUGUUCACAGAGAGAAAGAGGAAAAAAUGGGUUUGUUUUCCUUCUGUUUCGCAGGGGGAGGGUUUGUGAUGAUUGGUAUUUGGGAGGCUUUGUUUUCAUCUUACCUUCGCUUAAACUCAUCAUCUUUUGUUUCUCCUCCUGUUUCUCCUCCUCGUUCUUCUUCAAAUCAACAAACAACAAGAAGAAAGAACAGAAGACCAGAUUCAAUGUUCAUUAAUGUUAGAUAUGUUUCUGUUGGUUUUCUAUCAUUAUUCUUCAUUCUUGAUUCUGUAAUCUCAUCGUCUGACGCUCUUAAUAUUAAAGAUCAAGUUGGAUUCUCUCUACAACUAGACAUCUUCUCUAUCUCUUCAUUGUUUUUUCUCUACUCUGUUGCAGGUUUAUUGAGUAAUUCAACUAAUUUUCUACCAAUACCUGCAUCAUUGUUGAAUCUAAUUGGUUUAUUUGGGUUUGGGCAAGAACUUGUUUUCUUUUAUGUUCAGAGAAAAGAUCCAAAUGGAAUUGAGAAUAGGUAUUUUGAUAUGUUACUUGUUCCUAUCACGAUUUGUAUUCUUAGUACUCUUCUCGAAAUGGGUUUGCCUAAAUCUAAUUUACCAGGUUUGGGUCGUGGGUUUGGUUUAAUUCUUCAUGGAACAUGGUUUAUUCAAAUGGGUUUUUCCUUUUAUACUGAUAUAAUGGUCCAUGGGUGUGCUUUGCAUGAAGCAAGUAGAGGGAAUUUUACAGUGAAAUGUAAAGGGCAUAUGGAAUCUCAUAGAGGGAAAGCAAUUGCUACACUUCAAUUCAAUUGUCAUCUUGCUUUGCUUGUGAUUUUGAUUGUUGGGGUUUAUUCAUUUAUUGGUAAUAAGUUUGGAUUUCCUGGUGGUGAUUAUUCAAAUUACAAGCCUCUUAAUGCAGAAUUACAUCAGUUGGGUAGUCAAACUCAGUUUACAUUAGAUUCUGAUGAUGAAGAGAGUAUUUUGGAAGAAAAUGUUGCACAACAGAAGACGAGUUCGAGUAUUGUUCCUGUGUCGUCUGAGGUUAAUGGAUUUGGAAAUCAUUAGUGAGAAUAGAGAGUGGAGAAAUGGCUAGCAAGAAAAGAAAAGAUACAAUCUGAAGAAGGGAAGUGGGAGCUCUGCGGUUUCUCAUUGUGACUUCAAAAUGGUGAAAGUGUAAACGAAGGAAGAAGGUUUUGAUGAUGAGGUACCCUAACUAUUUCCGAUAUUUAUAGUAUUGAUCUUGAUUAUAGUCAUCUAGUCAAAUGGUAAUUCUUGGAACUUAGAUGAGAUGUAUUCCAACAUGUUUGCAAAGACCUCUUCAAACCUAUGAAUUCAGUGACACCAACUGACCCCAUCAUGCAUGUUUACAGUCUUUAGUGGUU